CAAGUAAAAAUUGGGUUUUUGGGUUGGGAGACGCCGUGUCGGCUGUGUCUGUCGUACUUCUCGUAGCCCUUAUUCAACUCUGUUUGUUACAUUUAUGGAAGUUGCCGUUCAGAAAGCGAUAAAUUCUCGCUCGAGGAACGAAGUAAAAGAGUUAUAUUUGGAUAACCAGUGUAGAACCUCGAAACCAGCGGGUCUUGAAGAUUUGUCGUCUUUGACCUUUCUUUCGCUGAAUAAUAUAGGAUUGGCAUCCUUGGAAGGCUUACCGAGGCUACCAAAGCUCACUACUUUAGAGACUUCAGAUAACGUAAUAUCAACAGGUCUGUCGGUACUUGCGAACGCAACACCUCGUUUGGAAGUUCUUAAACUAGGGGGGAACCGUUUGGCUAACUUUAAAGAUUUGGAGUCACUCUCUCGCCUAAAGAAUCUAAGAGUUUUGGAUCUUUAUGGAAAUCCUGUCACACGUUCUUCGGAGUAUCGGGAGAAGGUCUUUGCUAUGAUUCCUUCACUGGAAAUUUUAGAUGGCGCGGACAAGGAAGGAAACGAAGUUGGUACGGAAGAAGAAGACGAAGAAGAGGAGGUGUUUACGGAAAACGAUGUUGGAAGUGUGGAAGAUGACGACUAUGAUCAAAUUGACUCGGUAUUAUCGAAGCCUUACGGACGAAUCACUCGGGAGGGUGAAGUCUCUGAAGAUGAAAGCUCAGAGAAUGUCGAAGAGAACUCUGAGUUGGAAGAAACGGAGGACAAUUAUGCAAAGCCUAAGAAGGAUACAGGACAAGCAAGUAAAGUUUCAGUGAAAAGUAAAAAGAACAAGUCACAGAACGGUAACGAAGAAGCCUUUGGUUUAAAUGGAAAACGUUCGGAGGGCAAGUUUAAUCACGCAGCUGCGAAAAAGAAUGCUAAAGGAACUCACAAUGAUGAUAAUGGUGAGGAAGAGGACGAUAACGAAGACAGAGAAGAUGACAAUGAUGAAGACGAAGCGAGUGAUGAGGAAGGAGAACUUGGAGGUUCUUUCGGUGGUGACGACGAUGAUGGUGAUGAUGACGACGACGACGAUGAUGAUGAUGAUGACGAAGACUUGGAUGAUAAUGAUGAAAUUGAUUGGGACUCUCAAGAGGACGAAGAAGAAUUGAAUGAUGACGAGGAAGAUGAAGAAGACGAGGAUGAAGACGAAGAUGAGGAUGAUUAUGGUGAAGAAGACGACGAUGAAGAAGAGCCAAUCAUGUCCAAAAAAAGACGAGCUACGGAAUCCGUAAAACAAAAAGCCAAAACUAUAGCAAAGGGUCGUGGAGGUGGUGGUCUUCGUGCGGCAGCAAACAAGAGGCGUCGUUCUGGAGAAGAAUCUAGCGAGGAAGACGACGAAUAAAUUGCUAGAAACUAAGCGAGACUUGAUUCAGAAGUGCUUUGUAAUGAUAUAUUUGUCAACGUUGUGAAGAGCAAAUUCUGGUAGAAGAGCUGUAUGAGCAAUGUGGAUUCUUUGUUUGGAAAUUUCAUUUUUUUGUAUAAAACAUUGCUCUUGUAGAAAUAUCUCUUUGGAAGUUUUAUACUUGGAUGCCUAAUCAUUUUAUAAGGUAAAAUUCUUCUUACGCAUUCUAUUUCAUUUUUACUAUCCAUAUCUGAUUUCUUUGUCACAACCAACGUACAGAUGACGAACUGUGUACUCAUGGAAAUAGAACAAAUGAAAACCCAGUCGAAUGGAAGAGACAAAAUUUGUUGGACUCAGCAAUGACUGCAACCGAAACUUCCCCUUUAAGGUAUGGGUGGAUAAAUCCUAUUCCGAUCUUUUGUAUUUUCUUUUUCAAUAAGCAGCAACAUGACGUAAACUGAAAAAGACUGCGAAUGAACCUUUUCUCUGACAAGGACGGAAACAGUAUCUCACAAGGUUUCCUGCUUUCCUGGUGUAGAAAGGUGGUACAUACCUCUCGUCUCCUUAGUGCCAAAAAGAUCCCUCACUCUAUCCAAGUAUUGUUCUGUUUCUAUCAAAAGGCUACGUAUGAUUGGAAUCCCAAUUGUGACUGUUAUCUUCCUAAAGUUCGAUCUCCAUCCAAAUCAUAUUGUUUAUAU